AUGCAGCCAGGUCUUGUAUCCAUUUUCACUACUGGUGUGCCUAGAGCUCAGUCUCUGCAGAUGGACAGCACGGAGCUCAAAAAGGGCGCCUUGGACGCCUUGGACGCCUUGGACGCCUUGACUCUUCCAGGAAUUGCUGGUGCCGAGGUCUUUUUGUCCUCAAUCCUGUGUAUCUUGUGGUCGGUGGUCUUCAUGGUCACCACAGCCCUGGUGGACACGCAGCCGUUGGGGACUUGGAUUGAGUCAGCCUGUGGGCGCCUGCUGGCGGUUGGGAGUCUGGGGCACCUGGUGGCAGUUGACUACGGAGUAUGCAGUGCUUUGGGGCCUCUCAGAGUCUUCUGUCAGCUGUCUUUGCCUCUGCCAGUUCCCUUUGAGCAGGCCCGUGGUUCUGCGCGUCUUGGUCCUCGGCACCGGUGUUUUGAAUUGGCCCUCGGGGAUAUUCCACAGUGGACAUUUGCUGCUGGGGUGUUUUGUGGCUUGCUGAUUGUGCCCCUGAUUGACAUUUUGAGCCUGAUCUUUCUUGGGUGGCGGCGAUUCAUCUCCUGGGCCUUCGCACAAGAGCAGCGGCGUGGUGCAAGACAGUCACGUGAAACCUCUCGGCCACUUCACAAGGUGGUUGCACGAGCAGGCCAGCUCACUACUGGACUUGAAGGUGAGAACAGCAGGUUACGAGACAAGGUGCGACUGCUUCGAGAAGAACUGAGGAAUUUGACACUGAGGGUGAUUGAUCCAGUUGGGCCUUAUUCCUGGAGCUUGCGUGAAUCAGUUGCUCGAGAGAUUGGUGCCUUGGACGGUGAACAUCGAGGUGAGUCAGGUCGUGACAAGAUCAAAGGUUUGCAGAGUCAGUUUUCAUUGGGGUUUCGUCCUAGCAUGCACGAGGCGCCCCUUGCCAUCGCGGGAACUGGCCUACAUCAACCGUCUGUUGACGGUGAGACUCUUUCCGACCCGGAGCCUCGCAGCGAAGUGAUUGGGCCGGAAGUGGCACUUGGGCCACGAGAUUUUGUUCUUGCUCAAGAAGACGGAUCCUCUGAUCGUCUCUGCCGAGUUGGCCGGUUGGUGCUUCCAGAGUCAGGGCUGGUCACUGCCAUUGCAGUUGCCGACAUUGACGGCAAGCUCCUAGUUAUAGUUGCUGUGCCAGAGCCUGUUUGGAAUAGGGCCGUGGCAAAAAGGAUUCUUCCUCAGCGAGCUCUGAACAAACCCUUGCUGUGGCUUGAAACCCGGAGAGCCGCGAGCGUCCAGAAAGGUCUUCAACAGACGGGUAGGAGCCUCCCCAAAAAGAGUCUUGCGCGUCCUCUUCCACCGCCUCCAGCGAGCAAAGCUGGGAAGCCCAAUGGACCAAAGGUCAGCUGCAGUGGCGAAUUGCUGGAAUGGAGCCAGAGGUUGUGCAGUCAGCCCCUUGCAGCGGGCAUUUCUAUGGAACACCUCCUGGAGAUGGAGGCAAUCUUGCGGGGAAAGCCCAGAAGGAUAGAGGAGUUGCCUCGGCAGAAAGUGCCAGCGAAGGUGCGCAAAGGUCCUCUCAGCGAAAGCGAGGAAGAAGAGGAGGUCGACGAAGAGGGUGGAGGUGCUCUUUUAGAAGGGCCUGGCGGCCAAGGAGAUGGAGGUGGGAGUGCCAGCAACAUGGAGAAGGCCAUCGUCAAAUUGACUGCCAUAGCCUCGAAGCUUGCUGGACCCAAAGACAGGAGCAAGUUGGAAGCGCUUCUGGACGGAGGCAGUGGUGGAGCAAGUGGAGCAGAGAGCAGCUCAGGUGGGAUCAGGGGUGGUGGAUGUGUUCAUGCUUAUCAAGCUCGAGUCAGUUUGCCCACACUUCUCUGGCAUAUGAUGAUCAAGUUCAGUGUGCUUUAUGCUGUUCCAGUCGAGGCGUUCCCUGUAGUCUGGGAGAGACCUGAGGAGCUCUGCGCGGUGCUGCAUAGCCGGACUCCUGAGGCUGGCGGCGGGCCUAUCCGUUGGAGAAAGGAUGGUGAGGCUGUGCAGUCAGAGCCCGCUUUCGAUCCCUUUUGCCUGAUGGACGAGCAACCCGAGAGUGCUUGGACCCGUGCCAUCAUUGCACCUGUGCCAGUCAAGGAUGACUCGCGUUUGACAGUUUGGGAGCCUUACUUGGGCACGCUGGAUAUGGAAAUUGGUUGGUGUGGAUUUCCGCGCCCAGUUGGUGGGGCCUGGGAAAAAGACUGCUCUGAUUACGAGAGCGACAAGCUGAAUGUCACGGACGUGGAGCCUGAACCCGCCCAGCCAGAGUUGCAGAUCAGCAUCUCCAACGGCAGCGACGGCCUCAACGGCCAACAUGGCAGCCAACAUGGAAGCCAGAAUGGCAAGCAAGGCCAAUGGUCCAGGAAGGUCAAGCCGAGACCUCCUCCGAUGCAACACUUGCAGUUGGACACCGAAGGGGGCGAGGGCAGUGAGGAUGAUCAGCUGCAGGCGCUUCGAGACAUGGAGGCACCUCAGAGCAGGACCAACUCGUCCUCGAAUAUGUACCACCGGCGCCUGUCAGAUGCACGGGGGAUCUUCCACACUGAAGACAAGCGACCGCCAACACCAGCCCGCCUGGGUUCCGCUGGAUCAUCGAGACAGCACAGUCCAACGGAUCAAGGCGCGCCAAACUGGGCCACUGCCAACAUCUUUGGGCGCAGACUUUCAACACCUGUGGGUCAAGCAGCUGAUACCAACAUUCUUGACGGCUCCAAUACGGAGGCUUCAGCUCAGGACGAUCGUCCAUUUCUGGUGUGAGGGAUCCCUUGGAGCCACCAAAGAUUUGUGAUGCUCCAAGGCCCUAGGGCAAGUCGGAGAGGCUUUUCAGAGAACGAAACUUGUUUUUUUC